CCCCGCCGCUUCCGCCCCGGACUCUGCCCCGUGCUUGUGCUCCCGGCCGGCCAUGGCGCCGCUGCGUUUCUCGGCCAAUGUGUCGUGGCUGUUCCCCGAGCUCCCCGGCCUCCCCGCCCGGCUCCGGGCCGCAGGCAGCUCGGGCUUCCGGGCGGCCGAGGUCGGCUGGCCGUACGCGGAGCCGCCGGAGGCGCUGGCGCGCGCGGCGCGAGAAGCGGGGCUGCAGCUGGUGCUGAUCAACACGCCCCCGGGAGACCGAGAGAAGGGGGAGAUGGGGCUGGGGGCCGUUCCCGGGAGGCAGGCGGCCUUCCGAGAGGGGCUGGAGCAGGCUGUGCUGUACGCCAAGGCUCUGGGCUGUCCCAGGAUUCACCUGAUGGCCGGCCGAGUACCCCAGGGGGCUGACCGAGCAGCAGUCAGGGGUGAAAUGGAGACAGUUUUUCUGGAGAACCUGAGGCAUGCAGCUGGGGUUUUGGCUCAGGAGAACCUCGUGGGACUGCUGGAGCCCAUUAACACCCGCCUCACUGACCCCCAGUACUUCCUGGAUACGCCCCAGCAGGCGGCAGCCAUCUUGCAGAAGGUGGGAAGACCCAACCUCCAGUUACAAAUGGACGUAUUCCACUGGCAGAUCAUGGAUGGGAACCUGACAGGAAACAUCCGGGAGUUCCUGCCCAUCGUUGGGCAUGUGCAGGUGGCACAGGUCCCAGGCCGGGGGGAGCCUAGCAGCCCCGGAGAGCUGAACUUCCCGUAUCUAUUCCAACUGCUGGAAGAUGAAGGUUACAAAGGCUUUGUAGGCUGCGAGUACCAGCCUCAAGGAGACACGGUAGAAGGCUUGAGUUGGCUCCGUUCCUACUGGGAUAGACGGGGCCACCCCCAGGCUGGCCAGUAAGGGCCCGCACUCCACCCACAUGCCUCUCUGGGACAGUGAGUGAGCAUCCUGAGUCUCCUCUGAAUUAAAGACAGCCUGCUGAACAUUU